CGAGGAGGCUUCAACACUCGGUUGUGUACUUUCACACUCGCAUCGUCAAAAUGAGCAGCCCCAAGCGGAGAAUUGAGACGGAUGUCAUGAAGUUGAUGAGUGAUUAUGAGGUGACAUUGGUCAACGACAAUACUCCUUUUGCUGGUGGCCACUGGAAGAUUCACGUCGAGUUGCCGGACCAAUACCCAUACAAAAGCCCCAGUAUCGGUUUUGUCAACCGGAUCUUCCACCCCAAUAUUGAUGAACUGUCCGGAUCGGUCUGUCUUGAUGUCAUCAACCAAACCUGGUCGCCUAUGUACGACAUGAUCAACAUCUUCGAAGUUUUCCUCCCCCAGCUCUUACGGUAUCCCAACCCAUCGGAUCCUCUGAAUGGCGAAGCUGCAGCUAUGUUAAUGCGCGAACCGAAGACUUAUGACGCGAAAGUAAAAGAAUACGUUGCCAAAUACGCUAGUAAGGAGGCUGUCGACGAAGCAGGAGAGGAUACUGAAUCCGAGGAUGAGAUGAGUUCGGCUGGUAGCUACGAGUCCGGUGGCGAGGAGCCGGCCGGAACGAUGGACGAUGUCUGAUCGAUUGUCCUCGCCCCCCUCCACCAGUACUACUAGCCUUUCAUGUUUCUUUGUGGGUUCGAACGCAUACGGAUAUACUGCAUCAUAUUCCCCCAAUUUAUGUCGGUUUUACAUCAAUACGGAGCUCGGAACAGCGGGCGUUUUCUUUCUUUUUACUUUCUCAGUGGCGGGGGGGGGGGAGGA